AUCAUGUGCACACUCGCUCGGUCGCGCACGAGAAUGGUGUUUUCCAUUUUUUUUCCCGUGUCGGCCGCGGACAUGGUAGCGAAACAUUCGCAUCCCCUCCCUCACACACUUGCCCACAUCCCUCCCUCUCUGACGCACGCUCGCCCGCAUCGCCGGCGCCGCCUCUCCCCGAGCUUCUCCCUCGCCUGCGUCGUCAGCGCCCUCUCCCUCGUCCGCAUCGCCGGCGCUCUACAGCACCAACUCCAUCGUUAAAAAUGCGAUUCCCCCCCUCCGGCUCUCUGAUUUGCAGUGGCGGUGCUCGAUCUGCGGCCUGGACUAUCAAGACGGCGCGACGGAGCUGCUGCUGCUGGUUGCCUGCCCGGAGCUGCUGCUGCCGGUCGUCCGCCCGGAUCUGCUGCUUCAGGCGAUGCCCACAUCGCCGUCACCCUCCCGCUCCUCUUCCUCCUCAGCAUCAACGGCAGGGGUGCUGGGAGGGGGAGGGGCGGAUGGGCGGAUGGGCCCUUCUUCGAGCCGUACAACCAUCGCAGAGCAGAGCAGGAAGCUCGUCUCCGAGAUUAACAGAUGUGGUGGAGUAUAUCUUCUGGAAUGGGUAUGAACUGUCCAAAGUUCAGGUUCUUCGUUGCCUUCUUCAGGCGGAGUGAAAUUGAGAUCUGGGACUACCAUGCUUGAAAUUGGGCCAAUGAUCUACUGCUGUUGAUGUUGAGGAUCUGCUUCUUCCUUGCUGUUGAAGAUCUGCUGAUGUUGUUGGUGAGGAGCUGGACCAUCAAAGGUGCUGGACGAGGAGCUGGGCUGGCUUUCGGCGAGAAGCCAACAAGGAUCACCGAGCCUGGAGGUUGUGGAAUACGCAGAUCCUGGGCAAGGAGCAGCGAGGUGCUGGGCGAGGAGUUAUGCCGGCUUCCGAGCUCAACUUCUCCUGGCCUUCUCCCCUGGCUCCCCUGGCUCAAGGCUAGCUGCACCUUGCCGACGACGCGGGGAAGAAGGAAGGCAGUGCUGGCGAGGUGCGCUGGGGCUGGUGGCCGGCGGCCGGCGAGGUGUGGUCCUGGGGCCGGCGGUGACCAGGAAUCUGGGCGGCGAUGAGGACGAGAUCCUGGGCGGCGGUGAGCGGGAGAUCCUGGGCGGAGAAGUUGGGCGCCAGGUGAGCAGCAAGGAGAUCUUGGGCGCGAGGUGGGCAGCGGCGCGCUGGGUGAGGAGAAGCCGGGCGCGAGGUGGGCGACGACACGCUAGGCGAGGAGAAGCUGGGCGCAAGGUGGGCGAUGACGCGCUGGGCGAGGUGAUUCCGAUAUUUUUUGAAUUUCAAAUUGAUCGAUUGGAAGGGGUAUUGUUGUCCAUUACCGAUUUUUUGGGGCUGUCGGAAAUUUUCUUCCGCGCCUUGCUACAUCUUGAGCACUGCGUUGGUUUUCCCUUGAAAAGGAAAGGGUGUUGCAGCAAA